AUGAAUCCGGACAAAACAGAACGCACGACUCUCUUCAGAAGAGCAGAUCACAUUGAGGAGGAAUGGCGUAUGACACGGAAACUUCGUUCGCUACUGGGGGACUGUGAGGACGUCGCCCGCAGGAAGCAACUGGUAGCAGUAGCAUUUGCAUCCUUUUGGUCACUCUGGAAGAGAGGAUCCAUCAUCAGCGAGAAGCGGAGAAUGAGAUUGUACAAGGCGCUUGUACUUCCUAUUCUCCUGUAUCACUCUUGCACUUGGGCACUGACCAAGUCCGCACUGGAUCAGCUGGAUGCGUUUCAUCGGCAGCAGCUCAGAUCGCUGAUCCAAGUAAAAUGGCCGCAGAAAAUCUCCAAUGUGGCCCUUCUCCAGCGUUCCGGCGUAGAGCCUCUGAGCCGUGAUGUGAAGAGGGCGAGGUGGCGUUUGUUGGGCCACAUUCGUCGUUUGCCAGAUGAGUGUCCAGCAAGAAUGGCAAUAGAGUACUACUUCAAAGACAAGGAUGCCAAGAAAUGGAGGGCCGACCCCGCAACACUAUCCAGUCGUUUCUCUCAGCUGAUCUGA